UCCUCCACUUCACCCAGAUUUCCUCACCCCAUACAUGCAUAAAUUUGACCCAUGUUCGGAAUCGAUUACCCGUCUUACAUACGAUUGCAUUUUCGGCAGCUCAUGUUCGCAUCGAGUAUCGAGCUCAAUCUUUGAAAGGAUUCGCAGGUGCUUUACGAUCAAAUUUGUUGAUUUACGAGGAAGAUGUUUUGCUUAUGCCGCACAUCCACGUGUACGAAUGAGGGGGUCUUCAUUGCCGCACAUACGAUUGUUUUGGUCUUACAAUCAUGUGGAAACCGGUGCAUCAAUGAAUGAUGUAUUCAUCAAUUUUCUUUUUUCUUUAGUGAAGACCAUUCCCGUUGCUAUUUGCCGAUAGCGUUAAGUCCUACUCAAAUGACUAAGCUGACAGCGGCCGUUAAGGAAUGAUCCGAGCAUUGGGACAGCUGCUAGUGAAUGAAGUCACUCAACAUCAUGAUUUCAAGCAAUUUCUAACCACUAGAUCCAUGAAUGUCAUUUAUCUUUGGUUAUUUGUUCUUACAUGAAACGGAAAAAAGAUUCGGCAAUUGCAUCUGAGGUUGACGUCUCUCAUGGUUCGACGCCUCCAACGUUCACUAGUCCGGCUUUGGCGAUAAAGUUAUAUGACAGAAUCAAGAAUUUUGCGUUUCUCUAGUUGCCUAGAAGUUUGAAAACGGUAAGCGGAUCGAGUACGGCAUGAUAUUGUGGCAGAUGAUUGUUCACCGUCGCUUAUCAUCACAUCUCAUAUAUCGCUCCCUCCCUCGAACAACGGAUAGUUUAAAUUCUAUGUUUUGCUUCGUUGUUGCCCUUUCAUAUUGUCCUACCAUCAUACUCUGCAUCGAAUAUAGUGGAUUUCCAUACAGCAGUACUACCUCCUUCCAUUAUCUCCGUCUUACACCUUCAACGUUGGAUCCGAAUCUUUGAUAGCAUUGAAGUGCUCCACAAUAUUGACUUCCAACUUCGUGCUUGAUAUAUUACUACCAAGGGUCUCUUUGGUUAGAAACGCUCGAUUGUAAGUCGAAAUUUAUCGCCAGAGCUUACCUUACUGUACUUUACCUGCAUACCAUACCACACUACGAAUAAAAUGAUCACGGAUACGCUUUUGGAUCUGACCAUUCGGCAUUGGCCUUCAAUAUUGAUUGUUGCAAUUGCCAUCUAUCUCACUACAAACCGUUUCAAUCGUGGUUUGAACAAAUAUCCAGGGCCGACUCUCGCUUCCUUCACAGAUUGGUGGAGAUUCUACGACGUGUAUAAGCGUCGCCCGGAAGUUACCCAUCAAAAGCUACAUGCAAAGCAUGGAGAUAUCGUCCGCCUUGGGCCCAAUACUCUUUCUUUUGCAGACCCAAAAGCUUUGAAAACCAUCUAUGGAUUGAACAAAGGUUUUGUGAAGUCUGCAUUCUACCCGGUCCAACAAUCUGUGUCUAACGGCCAUGCACUCCCAUCACUGUUUAGCACUACCUCUGAGCCUUUCCAUGCCCAACUCCGACGUUCAGUCAAUGCUGCAUUUAGUAUGUCAUCUCUUGUACAAUACGAGCCACUUGUCACUCGUACGACGGAAAUCUUCCUCUCUCGUACUGCCGAUCUCUUUACUUCACCGACUAGCCAUUCCUCCUGUGAUUUUGCAAAAUGGCUACAGUUCUACGCGUUUGAUGUCAUUGGCGAAAUGACGUACUCAAAGCGUCAUGGCUUUCUUGAAGAAAACCGAGAUGUCGAUGGUAUAAUAUCUUACUUAGGGAAGCUCUUCGACUACGUUGCACCCAUCGGUCAAAUGCCGAUUCUCGAUAAACUCUUCCUCAAGAACCCCCUUUAUCUCCUGGCUGCCAAAUAUGGUCUUGUAGAUGCUACCUUUCCUGUCGCCAAAUUCGCAGCACAACGUGUGCGAGAACGAUAUCCAAAAACAGACGCAAAUGGAAUAUUACCUACCGUUGACGCAGAAGUCAAAACGGAUAAAUCACAACCAGAUUUAUUGUCGAAAUUCAUACAGGCAAAACACGACAGACCUGAGUUCAUGACAGAUCAACUCGUUAUGACGAUGGCUGUUUCGAUGGCAUUUGCGGGAUCGGAAACCACGGCAAUUUCCCUUAGUGCUGUGUUCUACUACUUGUUAAAGAACGAACACUGUAUGCAAAAGCUGAUGCGCGAAAUUGAUCAGAAAGCUAGGGAAGGAUAUUUUGCAGAUGGAGAAACAGGACUAGUCAGUUGGGCGGAAAGUCAAGGACUACCCUAUCUGGAUGCUUGUAUUAAAGAAGCUUUUCGCUUACAUCCAGCACCGGGCCUACCGCUCGAGAGAGUGGUACCAGAUAAGGGAAUAGAGAUUGCCGGGGAGUGGGUGAAAGGUGGUACCAUUGUAGGGUGUAGUGCUUGGGUCAUUCACCAGAGAAAAGAGAUUUUUGGAGACGAUGUAGAGAUUUUCAAGCCGGAAAGAUGGUUGAUAGGAGAAGGAUUGAAUAGGGAAUCAGAGGAGAAAAGAAUUAAGGAGAUGAAUGGAGCGAUGUUGAUGUUUGGAAUGGGCGCCAGGUCUUGCAUUGGAAGAAAUAUCAGUCUUUUGGAAAUUUAUAAAUUGGUGCCGAGUUUCUUGAGGAGGUUUGAGAUCGCACUUGAACAUCCUGAGCAAGAAUGGACCUUACACAAUUCCUGGUUCGUACGUCAACUAGAUUUCCGAACAACGUUCCGCAAUCGAGAACUCGUGCAACCUCGCGCGUAGCCUUUUGAUAAUACAUUGUACGUAAUUCGCACACACACUUGGCAUUUGAAUAUAGACGUUUGAGCGAUAUGAUAUACUUUUGGGCGUUCCGUAUCCGGAAAGUGUCAGGUACGGUACCUGCAUACAUGAAUUAUUUGGAAUUUUUAAUUAAAAGGUUGAAUGAAAUAACAAGUCGGGACCGCCGGAAAUUAAAUUUAGUACAUCACAAGAUGAAGUCGGAAAGAAGUAGGAAAUUAGAAAGGAAAAAGUCUUCAAUUGACUUUUGGUCAUUCUCAGGUUCACCGACCUAUCAGCCUACCACAAUGACCACCCGAUUGCCACUAGCCAAUCACAUCCACAUAGAAACGAAAACCUUAAAGAAAGAUUGAUUUCUCAUCAGUAUUCAUCGACCCGAGACAUUUGCGUUACAUCCAAAUGAAUCAGAUCAAGUAGAUAGCAAACACGUGAUUGCGGCACAGCUGCAGGUACCCCGCCAAUCCUUCCCAGCCCAUUUGUCAAUAUGGUAUUGGCGUAAGCCCAACCUCGUCUUACAUUUCGUGUGUGCAACACCGUAGUUUUGUUGGUAUGACAGACACGGUGUGGUGGUGUACUAGGUAUUGCGAGAGGGCGUGGUUAUGAUGGAUUGGCUAUGUGAUGUGUUGUUGUUGGAGAUGGAGAUGGGAAUAUUUACCUGGUAGUUAUUCAUAGCUACCUGCAGGUGCCCAGGUUUAUCCAUGGACAUCCAUCAUUCAUACAUACGAGUAUUCAAAAGAAUCAAUAUUUACUGCGGAAAAUCUAGGCGCAGUAUCAAUAUAUAUUGAAAGCUUACUUAGAUUAAGCAAUUGAGCUAAAAGUGCUUGUUGUGGUCUCAGUGGCUCGGCGGCACGGUACAUGAAUGUAUGGGGAAUUAAGCACUCAGAUUAUCCGACAGGGGUUAUAUACGGGCGAAGUCACGCAUCAACUGGUUGGGCGAGAGUGAAUGGGCAUGUAAUUUGUUUUGGGAAACAACUAUUUGUAAGGCUGAGUACGGAGUCCCAUCAUUCCGGGACUUCUGGGGAAGUGUGCGAUUCAAGGAAGGAAAAAGUUUUAUAUAAAGUUUGUGGAAUUCCUCGAUUUA